CUCCUAUCCCAUGUAAGCAAGCGGCAGCGGCAGCUCCCAAGCUCAGCUCGCUCCCGCUGCUCACCGCUCCGUCACCACCAAUGGCCUCCUCCGCCAUGGAGCUCUCCCUCCUCAACCCCGCCGCAAUGCACCACCACCGCGGCCUCGCGGCCAAGCCCUCCGGCCUCCCACUCGCCCGGCGCUCGGCGGUCCGCUUCCGCGUGUCGGCGUCCGCCUCCGCCGCGGCCGCGCCGCCCAAGUCCUCCGGCCCCAAGAAGCGCGGCAAGACGGAGAUCCAGGAGACGCUGCUGACCCCCCGGUUCUACACCACCGACUUCGACGAGAUGGAGCGCCUCUUCAACGCGGAGAUCAACAAGCAGCUCAACGAGGCGGAGUUCGACGCGCUGCUGCAGGAGUUCAAGACGGACUACAACCAGACCCACUUCGUGCGCAACCCCGAGUUCAAGGCCGCCGCCGACAAGAUGGAGGGACCGCUCCGCCAGAUCUUCGUCGAGUUCCUCGAGCGCUCCUGCACCGCCGAGUUCUCCGGGUUCCUCCUCUACAAAGAGCUCGGCCGCAGGCUCAAGAAAACCAACCCGGUGGUGGCUGAGAUCUUCUCGCUCAUGUCCAGGGACGAGGCGCGCCAUGCUGGAUUCUUGAACAAGGGGUUGUCUGACUUCAACUUGGCGCUGGACCUGGGGUUCUUGACCAAGGCUAGGAAGUACACCUUCUUCAAGCCCAAGUUCAUCUUCUACGCCACCUACCUAUCCGAGAAGAUUGGGUACUGGAGGUACAUCACCAUCUUCAGGCACCUCAAGGCGAACCCACAGUACCAGGUGUACCCCAUCUUCAAGUUCUUUGAGAACUGGUGCCAGGACGAGAACCGGCAUGGUGACUUCUUCUCCGCGCUACUCAAGGCGCAGCCGCAGUUCCUCAACGACUGGAAGGCCAAGCUCUGGUCACGGUUCUUCUGCCUCUCGGUGUAUGUGACCAUGUACCUAAAUGACUGCCAGCGUACUUCUUUCUAUGAGGGAAUUGGUCUGGACACCAAGGAAUUCGACAUGCAUGUGAUCAUUGAGACCAACCGCACAACAGCAAGGAUCUUCCCUGCUGUUCUGGACGUCGAGAACCCUGAAUUCAAGAGGAAGCUUGACAGGAUGGUAGAGAUCAACCAGAAGAUUAUCGCUGUCGGAGAAUCUGACGACAUCCCCCUGGUGAAGAACCUGAAGAGGAUUCCUCUUGUUGCUGCACUGGUGUCCGAGAUCAUUGCCGCGUACCUCAUGCCCCCCAUCGAGUCUGGCUCAGUCGAUUUUGCUGAAUUUGAGCCACAGCUUGUUUACUGAUUCUGUAGAAAGAUUUAUCUCCGAUCUUUUUUUCCCUGAAAGACAAGUUGGUGCUUCCUCCCUAAGGGGUUUUGAAUGGUGACAUGCUGGAUGGUUAAAAGGAUCUGCAUCUUCUUGUGUUCGUCUGUAAAUUAAAAUAUUGAGACUUCGGUGGCGUAAGGCUUGGCAAAUCUUUGUUGUGUGACAUCUCCAUGGAAGUGACAGUGAGCUGCAUCAGAAGUGAGCGUUCCGGUUUUCCAACAGAAUGGAGCGUCUGAAGCUGUUGUACUGAUACUGAAGCCAAUAGCAUACAGAUAUUUAGCUAAUUAAGUCCACUGUAUCACAUAUGGUCUCGGUGAAGUUACUUGGGCAUCUUUUGUCAAUGUGCAUGUGAACCUAGAACAAAGCAUGAUGAACAUACCCAGCACAAAUGGGUGAUUGUGUAACACUAAAACCAUGUAACGCAUUUGGCUAUGAGGCUAUACUAUGUGAAUUUACACAUUUCUCUUUA